GCCAAUCAUCGGCGCAGCGAGAGCGCACCUAACCUCUGUCCCGACCUUCAGUGAACGAUGCUGCCGCUCUUCGACGUCGCGUAUCUUCGCGUCGUGCUCGAUCACGACCACGGCGACGAUGACGACGACGAUGUCCCCGCGAUCGUCGUGCCGAGCCUCUCGAACGUGCUCAUCCGUAUCCGUCAUACUAACCUCCUUUCUAACGCGUCGCGAGUUGCCGCUCUACAGGCUUGUUAAGCUUGAAAUCCCUUAGAUUCGCGACUUAAGUUUGCGUUUGCUCUCGUGGGAUACGCGGAACACGUCGACGAUGGUUGUUAAACGCCGUUUCUAUAAUGGACAUGAGCAACGAGGACGGCGACGAUGUGUCGUUCCGUCUCGGAGAGAUGUUCAAUAGCUAUGAGGAGCUGGAGCAGAAGCUGGAGAGGUUCUCCAAAUACAGUCUGGUGCACUACUGGAGGCGAGACAGCAGAACCGUCAGCGGGGCUCAUAUGAAAACUGCCCGGCCAAUCAGCGAGCGACUGAAGUAUUAUUCCGUCAAAUAUGCGUGCAUUUACGGCGGCCAGAAGUUCCUGCCACGUGGUGCUGGAAGAAGGCAGUCUCAGUCUAUACGAACCAACUGUCCCGCUCACAUCAUGCUCAGGGCGUCUAAAGAUGGCACAAAGUUAGAAGUGACCAGCGUCAACAACGAACACAAUCAUGAAAUAUCGGAGGAACUAUUUAAGAAUCUCCCACAAGAGAGAAAACUGUGUGGUGAGAUCAAGCAGGAGGUGCAGGACCUCAUGCAGUUGCACAUCGAUCGUAAGAGGCUGAAGGAGUACGUGCGCUUGCGUACCAACAAGGUGCUGCGAUCCAAGGAUUUGUUUAACUUGGCAGCGGCGAAUAAGCAAAAGAGAGACAUUACUCCGGAGCGGGCGUAUCAGUUGUACAAGAAGAUACACGAGAUCGAGAAAAUGCAGGGUAUGGAUAACAGUAAAAGGACAUAUUCCGAGUCCGAGGAGGAGAUAGCGCAGACCUUGAAAAGGUUGAAGAAAGAGCAGGAAUCCGCCUGGGGUCAAGAUGGAUUGUCAACGGAGUUGGAAGUGAGCGAAGGUAACGACGGCGAGGACUCUUACGGCGGCCAACUGACGCAAGAAGAGGUGGCGGCUGAGAUCGACACGAACGAGGGUGAAUUACUGCGAACGAACAACGAGGGUGACAUCAUAGCGGCUAACGGAGAAAUAGUCGGUGAAUUGGUAAUGGAGGACGGCGAUCCGUCGGUGAUAGUCGAGUCUAUCGUCAAUGCGGACGGCUCCGUGUUCGUCGACGGCAGGGAAUUUAACAGCUACUGUAGUAAUCAUCUGACGCACACGGUCGACGAGAGCCAGUCGCCGAAAUCACGUGUUCUAGAUAUAGAGACGAUCACACCUACCAUUGAGAAAGUGACGAAGGCGUCGUCCGUAUCGCCCAAUCACAAGUCGCAGAACGAUCCCUUGACGUUGUCACAGUCACCAAAGUCGUCCGGUAGCUUCACCGAAGCUGACUCGAAAAUCUGGAUCGUGAAGGAAAGCAUGCCGGUGGAAACGGACCCGGAAAGCGGAGCCGAGAGCGAGACGAAUACGACGACUCAGCCGAUCUCCACGAUAAAGCAGAUUCCCAUAGAUGAUGUGCCCGAGAUGAUGCUAUCGGACGAGGCGAGCCACCAGUUACUUCAGGAGCAGUUGGCGGUGUUGCGUGCCGAAAGGGGCAAGCUUUAUCACGAGACUGAGAUGCUGAAAAUGAAGAAGGACAAGUUGAAGUUACAGAUCAAUUGUUAUUCGAAUGAGAUAAGCAAGCAAGAGCUGGAAAAGGAGAAACUGAAGCUCGAGAUUAAGCUGCUUCAGUCUAAAGUCGUGGAGGACACUAACGAUGUAUCGCAUUACAUCUUCGUGCCUUGAAUCCUCCGGCUGUUUGUAAAAAAAUAAUUGUAAAUAAUGUGUUUUACCGCUUUAGUACCAUUGGAAUCGCGCGUGUACAUAUUAAGUCGCAUGCGUGCGUGCGUACGUGCGUUUGUCGGCUAAGAGAUCGUUGGAGAAGGUCUGUCGCCAGUUCACAUAGCUCUAACAAUUGAAUUUCUUUAUUUAUAUAAGGAAUACGUUCUUGUUUGUUGAAUGUGAUAUGUGAUGAACGAUCAGGUGUAGCUAAUAAGGCGCGUUACUUUGGCCAGCUGAUUACUUUGGCUUGCUGAAAUCUUGUUUCCUUUUCCUCGAGUUUCACGCUUUGUAUCCUUCAACUCGCAAGCCUGAGCGGCGAAUACUCUUAUUGCGUAUCUGUUGAUUUCGGUGUAUGGUAUUCUGUGAAGAUGAGAUGUAGCGAAGUAACUGCGUUAAAAGAUACCAUGCAUAUUCCACACGAAUGCUUCCUCAUCGCCAGCUACAAACUGUCGUAAAUAAACACAUUAUUUUUAUUAUUUUA